AAUGAGAACCGUACCAUUGGGUAUCUCUGCAUCUCCAUUUCCCACAUUAAGAAACUCCAACAUAACCAAUCUCACCAAAACAACCUCUCCCCACUUCAGGAAGCUGCUUCCUUUCCCAGGAAGCUCUGCGGAUGAUGGGCCAACCUCUGGAUCAUCCUGUCUCUGCAUUUCCCCUCAAUCAGGAGUUUCCAGAGCCAGUCAAGCCGUUGAAUUGUUUCCGACGACGGUCUGUCCCGAGAUUGUUGUUCGGGAGGCACGAUUGGAGGAUUGUUGGGAAGUGGCCGAGACUCACUGUAGCUCCUUCUUCCCCGACUACUCCUUCCCUUUAGAUUUGGUUCUCAGAGUUGACCGAUUGAUGGCCAUGGUAUCGGGGUUCUCUAUUCCCACUGAUUGUGAAAGGACAUGUCUCGUUGCGGUUAUUGGUGGCUCCGUUGAUGAUGAUAACUUCUUCUGCGGUACGGAGGACUUCAAAGCUGGAGAUUUCAAAGGAAAAUUCAGCUUGAAUAAGGGAUAUGUGGCUGGGAUAUUAACCGUUGACACUGCCGCUGACUUCCUUCCUCGCAGAGGACCACUCCGCCAGAGAAGGACUGGCAUUGCAUACAUCUCAAAUGUUGCAGUUCGGGAGAGGGAUCGGCGUAGAGGGAUAGCAAAGAGGCUUGUAGCAGCAGCAGAGGGACAAGCAGGGAGCUGGGGUUGCCAUGCCAUGGCACUCCACUGCGAUGUGAAUAACCCUGCUGCUACACAUUUGUAUAAAGGCCAGGGAUUCAAAUGUAUAAAGGUGCCAGAACGAGCAAACUGGCCCGAACCCAAGACCUCACCAAAUAUCCAGUUCAAUUUCAUGAUGAAGCUACUAACCACCCCAACACCGACUUGACUCAAUUUUGCAGGAGUUGAAGUAU